GUACGUAGCUUCGUUUGUAACAAUGAUAAGUGCAUUGUCAUGGGUACCAAAAGGGGCUGCAAAGGCCAUGCCCGAUCGUGCUGAACUUCCUUCUAAGGAGGAAAUCGAAAAGCUCAAAGAGAGUUGGAAAUUUGUCGGUGACGAUAAAGAAGAAGAAGAGACCGAGGAUGAAGAAGAGAAUGGUGAAGUUGCUCAUGCGAAAGCCGUAGCAAAAGAGUUUGGAAAAUCAUCCAAAAGCAAGAAUGCUUCUUCUUCAAUGGAGGUUGAUGCGGUAGAUGAUGGUUUGAAAGAACUCGACAUGGAUAAUUACGAUGAAGAGGAUGAUGAAAUUGAAAUUUUUAGCUCCGGGCGUGGGGAUCUUUACUAUAAGAGUAACGAGAUGGAUCCAUAUCUCAAGAGAAAUGAUGAUCAUGAUGAUGACUCGGAUGAUGAUCCAACAAUCUUACCAACCGAUUUAGUGAUUGUCUGCGCUAGGACCGACGACAAAGAUGCUAACUCUCUUGACGUCUAUGUAUGCGAGGAUACAUCCGAUGGUUCUCCAAAUAUGUAUAAUCAUCAACACAUAAUUAUACCAGCAAUUCCAUUGUGUACUGCUUGGCUUGAUUGUCCACUUAAAGGAGGAGAAAAAGGGAAUUUCCUAGCUGUUGGUUCAGCUAAAACGCCAAUAAUAGAGAUAUGGGAUCUUGACGUUAUGUUCGAGGUUCUACCUUGUGUACAACUAGGAGGACGAAACGAGGAAGGGAAAUAUAAAGAAGGUAGCCACACUAAAUCAGUUCUUGGUCUUGCUUGGAAUAAGGAGUUUCGGAAUAUUCUUGCUAGUGCUAGUUCCGACAAAAAAGUUAAAGUUUGGGAUGUGGCUACUGGAACAUGCAAGAUUACUAUGGAUCAUCACACAGAGAAGGUUCAAGCCGUUGCUUGGAACCAUUAUGCUCCAGAAGUGCUUCUCAGUGGGUCCUUUGAUCAAACUGUUGUAAUGAAAGAUGGAAGACAACCUUCACACUCGGGUUUCAAAUGGUCCGUCAUGUCCGAUGUUGAAAGCUUAGCCUGGGAUCCUCAUAGUGAACACUCCUUUGUGGUAAGUCUCGAGGAUGGAACUAUCAAGGGCUUUGAUGUACGUCAAGCCACCACUCCAGCCUCUAAUUCAAAUCCAACCUUUACUAUCAAUGGACAUAACGAAGCAGCUACUUCCGUCUCAUACAACAUUUCAGCACCUAAUCUUUUGGCAACUGGAUCUAUGGAUCAAUCGGUAAAGCUUUGGGAUCUUUCAAACAAUGAGCCUUCAUGCAUUGCUACACACACACCAAAUGCUGGAGGAUUAUUUUCCAUUGCCUUCUCUAUGGACAAUCCUUUCUUACUCGCUAUGGGUGGUCAAGUUAUAUCCCGUUUCAAAACAAUGAUAACUGCAGUGUCAUGGAUACCAAAAGGGAAUCUAAAAGCUGUUCCUGAUGUUGCUGAGCCUCCUUCAAAGGAAGAACUUAAAGAGCUCAUUGAGAGUGGUGCUUUUGCCAGAAGCGUGGACGAUAGUAAUGACGAUGAAGAAGAGAUUGAAGAGGAUGGAGAAGAGAUAAGUGAAGUUGAUCAUGCCAAGGCUGUAGCUGAAGCUUUUGGUAAAUCUUCUAAAAGCAAGGCUGCUUCUUCUUCAAUGGAGGUUGAUGAGGUAGCUCAAGGAUUGAAAGAACUUGACAUGGAUAAUUAUGAUGAAGAGGAUGAUGGAAUUGAACUUUUCAGUUCUGGAAUGGGGGAUCUUUAUUAUCCAAGUAAUGAGAUGGAUCCAUAUCUUAAGGAUGUUGAUGAUGAGGAUGAUGAAGAGGAUAUUGAUGACACGACAGUCAAGCCGACCGAUUCAGUGAUUAUCUGCGCUAGGAAUGAAGAUGAUGUCAGCCAUCUAGAGGUUUACGUAUACGAGGAAUCGUCUGGCUCUCCAAACAUGUAUGUUCAUCAUCACAUAAUUAUACCGGAAUUCCCAUUGUGUACUGCAUGGAUUGAUUGUCCUCUUAAAGGAGGGGAAAAAGGGAAUUUUGUAGCUAUUGGUUCAAAGGAAUCGCCGACAAUCGAGAUAUGGGAUCUUGACGUUAGGGACGAGGUGCUACCUUGUAUACAACUAGGAGGAACAGAGGAGAUGAUAGUGAGUAAGAAAAAGAAGAAUAAGAAAGAUAAGAGUAAGAAACAGAAGAUUAAGAAACCGAAAUACAAAGAAGGUAGCCAUACUGAUUCAGUACUUGGUCUUGCUUGGAACAAGGAGUUUCGGAACAUACUUGCUAGUGCUAGUGCCGACAAAAAAGUUAAGGUCUGGGAUGUGGCUACUGGAAUAUGUAAGAUUACUAUGGAGCAUCACACAAAGGAGGUUCAAGCGGUUGCUUGGAACCAUUAUGCUCCAGAAGUGCUUCUCAGUGGGUCGUUUGAUCAAACUGUUGUCUUGAAAGACGGAAGACAACCUUCACACUCGGGUUUCAAAUGGUCUGUCAUGUCUGAUGUCGAAAGCUUAGCCUGGGAUCCUCAUAGUGAACACUCCUUUGUGGUAAGUCUUGAAGAUGGAACCGUGAAAGGUUUUGAUAUACGUGCUGCACAGUCAGGUUCAGAUUCUGAUUUAAAACCAAGUUUCACUAUCCAAGCACAUGACCAAGACAAAGGAGUCUCCUCCAUCUCAUACAACAUUUCUUCACCCAAUCUUUUGGCUACGGGGUCUAUGGAUAAAACUGUAAAACUUUGGGAUCUUUCAAACAAUGAACCUUCAUGCAUUGCUACACACAAACCAAAAGCUGGAGCUGUGUUUUCCAUUUCUUUUGCGGUGGACAACCCUUUCUUGCUUGCUAUCGGUGGCUCAAAGGGAGAGCUACAUGUUUGGGAUACACUGUUGGACGCUAAUGUUGCUCGCAAAUAUGGGAGCAAUCGAUCUUGAAAAGACCCGCAAGGAUAACUUGCCUCUUUGAAGCUGUGAUGGUCGUUAGAUUCGAUCACACUCAUGCCAAAUUUUGCAGUUUCUUUUCUUCUUUUCUUUAGGCUUGUUUUAUCUCAUAUGAUUAUGGUUAAUCGUGCAAGGGUGUGAGCUUAUAUGUUGAAUUCCUAAAACUGGCAGAGCCUUUUUCAACUUAUCAAGAAUCUCUGAGUUUAUAUAUAAUUCGAUUUCAAGCUUUCUAGUAUGAUGGAACUAGCAUUUCCAGGUGUUGUGCUUUAAACAAAAGUUUCAUUUGUCA